CCGUACUGCAUGUACUUCAUUCGCCUUUUUUGACUCACAUGGCGAUAUAGAACACUUAUUAUCUGGAUAAUAACAUUUAGAAGCCAGGAAAACAUCGAAAGGAGACACAAGUGAGAAGCGACGAUUGACGAGUUUGCCAAACACAAAAUGCAGCUACUACACUCUGUCAUAGUUCCCCGGCACGAGUUUGUGUCGUUUUCGAUUGUUUUAGGAUCCGAAUCUGCAGGAAAUGUGCACACAAAUAUGGCAGAACCUGUGCUGAUAUCGUCUGCCCUCUCCACGAUGUCGACCGGUGCUUCGAUCGAGGCAUUAAAGGAGCUGCAUCUUUACAUCAUAGCCACCUUGAAAGCUUCCGUAACUUCAGCGACAAACUGUAGCUUUGCUGUCAGCCUAAUAAGCGAAGCGCAAGUAUUGUUUGAUACCAUACAAACGUUUCACCCUAAAUGUGCCAAUGGACUUGGUCUGCACUAUCGGUACCUAAAGGGUGAUACCAAAAAUCUUGCUGGACUGAUAUCGUUGAUCUUGCCCACUUCCAAGGGAAAACUGGCGGUCGACGUGGCAGGAGUUUUAUUAACCAUUGGAUCUUCGGCGACUUUAAAGUGGGUGCUAUCGACUUUUCUUCUUCUGGAAGACGAUAGUAGAAAAACCAACGCUAUGGUCGCAUGCUUGAGCGUUACAGAUAGCCCCGACGUCCUAACUGGAAAAUCCAAAGCUAGUCUUAUGAAUAUGCAGAGACUUUCACGCCGAAUGUCUGCCAUAGGGGGCAAGCCAUCAACGGAUCACGACGGUGGACAGCUGUCAAAGGAGGAAAAAGCUUCGCUAAUGAUUGGUUUUAACUCUGCCGAUUCCACCCGACUUAUGACGGAAAGGUUACGCGUCUUAUCAGCAUCGGAAAACAAUACGUUUUUAAGACAAUAUCGAAUGAGUGCACAAGAGCGCAAAGCACAUCUCGACCUGACAGGAAGCAACAAAUCUCGAUUCCGACGGAGAAAGAGCGACGCAAAGGAUCCCGACUUUGACGGAUUUGAAUACAAAGGGCUCAAAAGUAAAAAUUCUGUGCAAGGAUCUCCGGUGCAAACUUUUACACAAGAAGGAUCCACCAAAAGACUUUCGCUCACUCAAUCUAAAAACGACUCUCGAACCAAACCUUUGGGCGCACCCCGCGGCGAUGUGGUAGCAAGUCGUCGCUUGAGUAACUUUGCGUCAGCAUUAUCUUCUGGGUGGACUAGUGUACAUACACAGGACGAGGCUUCUAAUAUGUAUUCAGGUGGUCGGUCGCAAGCUCAGGAGCGAGCCCCAAUUGAAAAAGAACAGCAUCAGUUCGACGAAGAAGGUUCUUCGGUCGCGUUGGACAGCGUUGCAAGUCAGGCACGAGUACACGUGAACAUUGCACUCAACGAAGAUUUGUCUUGCUCGUACAAGCAAUCACAGCUGGUAAGCUGUGCGGUAGAAGGAGUUGUCCAGGUGCAAGUGAUAACCAACGAUAGGAAAGAAACUCCGUUCUUUUUGUUUUUAAAAGAUGUUUCAAGUCAAGUUGAAUCGUUGCAGGAGAACAAGAAGUUCGCUAAUGAGGUGUUGAAAACACUCGGAAAUUCAUCGGAUGAUGACUUUUUUGAUCGAAAAUACUCCAUUUCUGUACCGCAAGAUGAGAGCUACUUUCCGAUUCUUCGAUACAAAUGUAUAUCUGAAUUGCGCCCUGUUCCAAUUCGCGUGCAGACGAGAGUCAAGAUAGACGAUGGAAAGUGCCGAGUCGCUCUACAGAUUUCAUCCAAUCCAAACAAUGAAGCGGGCUUGACAGAUUUGACUAUUAUCAUGGGUGUACCGGAAGAAGUCAUUGGAGAAUCUUUGGCUACGCAACCUCCAGGCGGUGUAUGGAAUCAAUCGAAGCGUAGUGUCAUAUGGGUUGUGUCUGAAUUGGGCGAUGGUGAAAAGUUCCAACUCCAAGUUCGGUUCGAAGUCGAAAGAAAUUUGGUUGACGCGAUUUUUCAGCCCACUUUCCCUGUCCUCGUACGAUGUCAAUGUCUGUUUUCACAAUUAAGCGACAUUGAGCUUGAGGUUCGAGAGGACCCUGCACGGUCAUCGGCCGCUAUGGGUAUGAAAAUUGCGCGACGUUUCCGACUUUCGCAUCGAGAGCGACCUUAA